AUGAAGUUCUCCUGCUUUCUGCUGCUGAUCCUCUCUCUAUCCAGCUUCCAGAACAACCCAGUUUCUGGUGAUGAUUCAAUAAAAUGUUUUCAAAAGAAUAACACCUGUCACACCAACCAAUGCCCAUAUUUUCAAGAUGAGAUCGGCACGUGUUAUGACGGAAGAGGCAAGUGUUGCCAAAAGCACAUUCUGCAUAUAAGAGUUCCAAGGAAGAAGAAGGUGUAACCAUUGUUAUAAUAAAGGAAAACAUCCUG